GACGUAUAGCAUAUGCUUGGUUGCCCUGCGUGUCUCACACAUCCAAAUCAAUUGGGUUACCUUUUGCGCCAUUUCCAACGUCUUAGCAAUCGCGGCCUAGCCCCCGUCGGUGCAGGAAAAUGAAGUAUGGAAAGUAUAUUGAAAGUAAGAUAAAGCCAGAAUGGAAAGAUUUCUACAUUGAUUACAAGGGUCUGAAGGACCUGAUUAAGGAAUGCCAGAAGGAGGCGGAGACGGCCGGCGCCACCAGCUUUUCACCCCGCACAACCUCUCUGACUGUGCAACGCUACACCACGACAAAGGACUCCAGCCAGGAGCUCUUCUUCAGGCGCCUGGAGCGCGAUGUUGAGAAGGUCAACAAGUUUACCAACAAGCUGGUGGAGGAGAUGCGGGCGAGCCUCAGGAACCUGAAUGCAAAGGCGGAGAAGGAGACGCAGCCGGAGAAGAAAGACGAGCUGCUGAAGGAGGCGCAGCGCAUCGGCGAUGACUUCCUGGCGCUGGAGAAGUUCGUUAACAUCAACUACCUGGGUUUCCACAAGAUCCUGAAGAAGCACGACAAGUGCCUGCCGCAUGCGCCCUGCCGCCAGUUCUACGUGGCGCACCUGCACCAGCAGCCCUGGGUGCAGGGCAACUACAGCGACCUGCUGGUGUCGCUGUCCAACAUCUACUCCAAGCUGCGAGGCGACUCAUCGGGGGAGAAGAACGAGGACGCGGCGCAGGGCUUUGUCCGCAGCACCACCAAGUACUGGGUGCGCAACGAGGACGUGUCCACCGUGAAGCACCACGUGCUGCAGCACCUGCCGGUGUUCCAGUUCGACAAGAACAACUUCACGGGGGAUGCGCAGCUGAUCAACUCGGUCUACAUGGACAACUCCAACCUGGAGCUCUACCACGGCCGCCUGGACAAGAAGCCGGGCGCGAUCGCACUGCGCAUCAGGUGGUACGGCAGCAACCCGCCCAACAUGGUGUUCUUCGAGCGCAAGACGCACAAGGAGAGCUGGAAGGGCGAGGAGUCGGUGAAGGAGCGGUUCACGCUGCCCAGCGACAAGGUUGUUGCCUUCAUGGACGGCGAGUACACGCUAGAUCAGGCGCUGGCGGACCAGGAGGCGGUGGCGGCGCGCAAGGGCAAGUCGCUGAGCGAGGAGGAGCGCGAGUCGUACAGGACCCUCUUCACGGAGGUCUACAAGGCGGUGGACUCCAAGCAGCUCAAACCGCUCGUGCGCACGCAGUACAUGCGCACGGCGUUCCAGAUCCCCUUCGACGCCACCGUGCGCAUCUCGCUGGAUACCAACCUGUGCAUGAUCAAGGAGAACCCCGAGGACGGCCCCUCCUGCGCCGCCACCGGCCGCUGGUACCGCGACCCCGCGCUGCCCGUCAUGCGCACCGAGAUCACCCGCUUCCCGCAUGCCGUGCUGGAGGUGAAGCUGUCGCUGCAGGAGGGGCAGCAGGCGCCGGCGUGGGUGCAGGAACUGCUGGACUCGGGCUACCUCACCGAGGUGCACAAGUUCUCCAAGUUCAUCCACGGCUCCGCAACCCUCUUCCCAGGGGACGUACGAGCAGUGCCGUACUGGGUCGACGACGAGUCCGUACGCGCCUCCAUGCUCGCCUCCGCGCCCUCGCCCGUGGACGCCGCAGCCGGCAGCGGUGCUGGCGGCAGCGCCGACGGCGGCUCGGAUGUGGACGUUGAGACGGGCGGCGGUGGCGGUGCCAGCACCAGUGCGCCCUCCGGGGGUGGCGCGGCGGGCGGGGGUCGCAGCAAGCCCAGGGCGCGGCGUGGCGGGUUAGGCAAGGGGAGUGCGGAGCUGGAGGAGCUGUCUCACCCGCUGCUGGGGGAGCAGCCCACGCUGAAGCUUAUGCCGGACCCCAACCGAGUGCAGGGUUUCCGCCCUCAGGCCCUCACUGCCUCCUCAGGCCACGGCGGCUCCUCGGGUCCCCGCGAGCCCGGCUUCUUCUCCCGCCUGCUGGGCCUGGUGCCCCCGCCCUCGGGCGCCGUCCGCACCACCCCCAUGCGCAUCGAGCCCAAGACCUUCUUCGCCAACGAACGCACCUUCCUGGCGUGGCUCCACAUGGCAGUGACCCUUGGGUCGGUCUCCGCGGCGCUGCUGGGUUUCGCCGCCGGUUCCGACAGUGACGACUCGGGCUCCGAAACCGGCGGCCAGGCCAUCAGCCGGCACCUAGUGGAGCUCAUUGCGCUCAUCUUGCUGCCCCUGGGGGUGGCCAUGUGCUGCUACGCGCUGUACGUGUUCAUCUGGCGUGCUAGCAACAUUGCGAAGAAGCGUGCCGUACACUUUGAUGAUCGCGUAGGGCCCUUGUGCCUGUGUGGCGCGGUGGUGGUGGCGCUGGUGGCGAUCACGCUGCUAAGCCUGGUGGACUUUUUCGAGUUGUUGGCGUCGGCGGAUGAGUCGGCGGCGCCCCCGCCGGCGGCGUUGUCGCCCAUAGCCUUCUAAUGGGUGCUGCAGGGGGACUGCGGGGCCCAAACGUUUAUGACGAGUGGGAUUGGAUUGGAGGAGUGUCACUGUGGUGUCUUGUAGGGUGUGGUGCUUGGUUAGCAGCUGCGGGGUUGCGUGGUGCUGUGUGCUGCGGGUGGUGGGACCAGGGUGGGUUGUGUAGUUGUGGGUGUGGGUGGCGCCUGGCUUUGUGGUUAGACAGGAUAGGCAGGACACAAACCCAUUCCUAUCUAGCCAGUCUUCUCGUAUGAAGACAAGCAUUGCAAAGUUGGUGACGGCGGCGGCGGCGACCUUGAGGUUGAAGUGGUGGCUCGGCUCGUGACGUGCGCGGCGGGGCGCUUGUGCUGCUAGGAGGGCAGAAAGAGGCGGGCGGUGAGGAGGAAGAGGACGUCGCAGGGGGGGUGGAUAUGGACUAUUGGCUUAGGGGUGGAGCUGCACCGCGGUAGCUUUUGGGGGAGCGUGCUUUUCAGGGGCAGGGGGGGCGCGGGAUGAGGGGGUGGUUUCGUAGGGGCAGAGCAAUGAAUGGCAGCAAAUAUGUUUGGUACUGGUGCGAAGCCUGGGCCAUUCAUGCAGCCUUUGCGCACAAUGUCGUUCCUUGGCGGCAACCCAGGAGGCUCGGGCAUGCCACUUCACCGCAAGAGACAAACCAGAAAUCAGCGCGGAACGACGUGCAGGCAGCAGCGCAGAACGCGUAAUUGGGGGGGUAAGAGACAGGGCGCGAGAGAACUGAGUUGCUGCUGCCUGACAGAGCGUGUCAAGUAGUGAGGUUCAAGUGUUAGCUGCUGGCUGAGGGGGAUCUUGCACGGACAACGGGAUGUGUUAUUGUUGGCGAACCCUGGGGUUGAAUUUUCUCCAGGUUGUUUCCUCCGGCAUGGGAGCUGCCGCGUUCUUAACGUGGAUGUUUAUAGAGCUUCACGGAAUCCUCCUGUAAUCUUAGGAGGGUAGAAGCCCCUGCUCAUUUCUUAGCUUGCUUUGGACAGUAGCGGUAUGUUCCAAGCGGAGGUUUACUUAUUGAUGCUGGUGGUAAGGUGCGUGAUAUGUAGAAGCGGGCGAGUUGCACAGACAACCUCCCGCAAAAGCAAAGCUGUUGUACGACAGCGACAUUACUACCUCAGCUGCUUAGUGGGCAACAGUGUAAGCCUUGGUGUGCAGGUC